AUGGGUACGAGUCAGGAUAUGGGCAUGGGUCACGGUAUGGGUCUAGAUAUUGGCAUGGGUAUGGUGGGUAGGGGGUAUCGGUUUGGGUGUGGAAUGGGUACGGGCGUGAGUACGAAUGUGGGUCAGCUAUUUACAAUAUUUAAAUGAAAAUGAGGUGCGAGGGCCGCAGGCCCGAGCCGAUAAUUUUGAAUAUUAUAAACUGUAUUAAAAUUGGCACAUUUGAAAUACAAUAAUCUUAGAAAAAAAGUAAAAUAGAAGUAAAAGUGGAGGGCCCGAAGAGCCCUCUCCAGACCAUAGGAAACCCGCAGGGCCUCCGUUGGUUUGUUCUUUUAUAACGCGUAUCCUUGUAGUUCGCGUUAGCAUAGCCCAGUCGGCAAGGAGCACUUGCACUAGCUCAAACGUCAUCCUCAUCCCUAGAAGUGGCCAUCUCUUGUUUUUGAGAAUAUUCUGUUCUGAAAUUUUCUGGAAUUUUCCAGAAUUUUAGAAUUUUCUAGAGAUUUCCUGAAGUUUCUAGUCUUGACGUCAGUUCUAGAACUUUCGAGAACUCAAAAGACUGUUUCCGAAUAUUCGUCAGUGUUCUAGAACCAAGUUCGAGGACGGCUUGCCGGGUGCUUCCAGAAAAUUCUGGUCUUUGGGGGCAGGGCCCCCCGCCUUCCAGAAUUUUCGAGACGAUCGAAGUGCAAGUUAUUAGGCACCGUCCAUCGGCUGGCCAGCUAGUAUAUAAGGAGCUCUUCUUGGCCUCAUUCCUCAUACACAACAAGUGUGCUUCAAGAAAUUUGGUCCAAGUGAUGUCUUUUGAACGUGGGUUCAAGUCCGGUCAUAGCCGAACCAACAAGUUCAACUGCUGGGCCUAUGCCUACUUCAUCCGCAUCAACGACCCCUACAGGCAUAAACGACCUGUCUGA